UGCAAAUGGGUAAACCACUAGGAGCAGAGCUCCACGAUAUAGAACACAUAAGGAUCACUUUUCAAUGCUUAGUUUCCAUUGGCGAAGAUCCAAAAGCCUAACUUUCUGCAAGACGACUAGCUAAGCUAACUAUGUGGCAUUGUAGCUAGCUAGUUGAACUCGAAAGCUAACGUUAACUCGUUCAAUUGCAUGCUACAGGAAGUAGCUAUAUGUUGCAAUGCCAAUGGGGGGGGGGGGGGAUAAUUGUAAGUGUAUGUUUCGACGUAGAAAAAUGUGGCACCAACUAACUAGCGAGCUAGCUAACGUGCCAUUCGAGCAAGAUAGCAAGUCAGCCACUCAAGCUUCAAACAAACAAUGCAUUUAGAAAAGCUGCACGUGGUAUGUGAUUUACCUUUUUGCUCCAUAACGACCUUGCUAGUAUCCCUGCCAUGGUUGAAGCAACUGUGAUUGCUUUUAGCCAAAAGUACGCACUCGCCUUCUGGUCAGACACAAAAUAUAGACACCUCUAGACACUAGAAAAGGUUAGCCGACUAGCAGUCACACAAUCAUUGCGUCAAACUGGCUGAGGACGUAGAAAGAGCAAACGCUGAAAUGUUGAUCUGCUCACUGAUACAGCGAGGUUGGGCCACAUUGACGAGCGCAGCAGAUGCUUUAACAAUCUGUGAAAUUGGCAUGCAUGAUUCCAGUGAAUAUGACCCAAUCUGGGCGGGACAAUAGCUUGGGAAAGAACCAAUCACUAGGCCAAAACGAAUAAACUCCCCCAAAUGUAUGAAGCGCAUUGGCUGGUCUUUAAUGAUUGCGACCAGUCGGCGCUGACACGAAAAUGAGUACUCUGUUACAUCUCUUUCAUUGAUCCCAAAUAGAGUCCAUCAUUCUAAUUUACACCAUUUUUUCCCUUAUCGAACGAAGACGUGAGAACAAAUGUCUUCUUUCAAACGUAGAAUACAUUAAAAUAUUAUUGAAUAUCGUAGAAUAUAAAUAGAAUAAAGCAAACAUGGUAGAAUUACAUUAGAAUAUUAUUGAAUAUCGUAGAAUAUAAAUAGAAUAGAGCAUAUUCAAUUAGUCACUUGAGAUGACGUAUUACUUAUUUCGGAUUCCACUAUUUAUAAUGUGACAGACACUUUUUAUAUUGACCUUGGUCUGAGUUUUACUGCUAUAAAUAAGUUACAUCAGGAUGCAUUUGAAAAUAUUUCAGCGCUUACCUAACAUGUUAUAUUUAUGAGAUAGAUACAUUAGCACCUUUCCCGACAGGUGGCAGUUUCUAUGGUAACAGACACACAGGCAAGAUGGCGUUCCUUCACUGGAGUUGCCAGGACGUGGCAAAAUGGAUAAUAUCCUUAGGAUAUCCACAUUAUACAGCCUGUUUCACUGAGAACCUCAUCACAGGUAAAAAGCUGAUUUAUGUAAAUUGCUGCUAUCUGCCAAGAUUAGGAAUCACAGACUUUGAGGAUAUGAAGGCCAUCUCUGCCCAUGUGCGUGAGCUGCUGGGGACAUCAGAGCCACUGUGGAGCCGCAGCAUCGCAGACCCCCCCAGAGACAGCAUGGGCCUGUUCCUGGAGAAGAAGAGCAGAACAGGGGACUGGGCCGAUUCCUUCACCUACACACAGUUCCUCGACAGGAAACAAUGAAUGGAAUCUGUCUGUCUGAUAAAUGAAACAUGAAUGAAUGAGCUGUCUGUCAGUGUGUUGUUUGUAAGAUGGCGUUAGUUGUGAAUGAUGAGAUGAUAAUGUUCCAUUCAAUUACAGAUGUUGAGACACUAUAUCAAGACAGUGUUUUGUAAGGCAUUUUGUGAUUAAAUUGGUGUUCUGGGGUGUGUAUUUAGUUUUUCAGAUGAUUUAAUUUGUAAUAAUGUGAAUGUGGGGUAACAUCUGGUGAAGUGAAGGGCUUAGAACUAUGACCCUGUAGUUAGUGCACUACCUGCUGUGCCAAAGGGUCUAUACCUCCUGACAUAGUGUGCAUGAAAACAGAUAAAUAUUCUAAGCCAAAGGCCCCUUAAGGCUAUGUUCCACUUAUGCAUGGACCGACAGUAUGAAGGUUUAUUGAAUGAAAUGAAUACUCAAUUGGUCCAUGAACAGUUGGCACACAGUUUCCUCAUUACAAUGUCCUUUAUUGAUUAACUAUGUAAUGCAAGGUACAACAACAGGAUGUCGUUUUCUGCAUCCUAAAAUAAUGUAUUAGACAGAGGAAAACUCAAAAGGCUCUUGAAAUUACCACAGAUCCCUUCAUUCCAACACCUUGGGCACAAGCUGUCUUUAUUGAUCUGAACCGUGCCUGUAUACAGUGUCUGAAUGAGGCUGUAUUGAUCUGCAGUAGAGAUCCUCAGUGUAGUGCUGUAUUAGAUGAAACCCGACACUUUGUGUAUUAUGAAUUGCUGUGGUAAGAGGCAGGAAUGUAUUUGUUCUGAGGAAGAGUCAUAUUUCCUGUUAAGAGAACGCACUCAGAGAACACCUGUGUUAAGUGCAUUUUCAAAUCCAUGAAGUCCAUGGAGAACAAGAGCACCUCCUCCC